UUGCAGUGGGAUGGCCGAAACUACAACAAAUGGGGAGUGAUGCGUCAUCCGAUGGUAUUGAAUUUCAUCAACGAACGCCUCCUUGAUUGUGCUUUCUUCUACACUUUGCAUAUUCUGGCUUUUGGCGUGUUUUUAUUGUUGCUGUCAUCGCAUAUAUUCUCCAGUACUGUGGCUAAAGAUAUUGCUGUCACAGCCUUCAUAGCUUUAUUCCUAUUCUUUAUGCUACUUAAAGGUGCUAUUAAAGCUCGCAUCUCACAUUCGAUCUCUUUCUGGUUCGUCAUAGCUUACACCUUUAACCUAGCCACCUAUCUGGCCACAUUUCUCUACGUUUGGCUCCCAACGAUGUUCAGUUAUGACGAUUAUCACGAGGAAGUCAAGAAAGUCAUUCUAUGGUUUCUUCCCAUCGUGGCAAUCAUCUCUGCGUGGGUGAAUUUCCUCUACAUUCUAAGGAAAUCCCCUUAUGGCAUCUAUAUAUUUAUGAUGGUCCGUAUAUUACGAUCAUUCGGACAUAUCGCCACCAUCUGGAUUCCCACGUUGGUCGCUUUUUCGUUCGCGUUUCAUCUGAUUAUGAGAGAUUCGGGCACAGAACCAUGGGAAAGCCUGAAGACGGAUGAUGACGCCACGGUACUGCAAAAGCUGUUUAUCAUACUCCAGGCAAUCACCAAAACGUCGACAAUGAUGAUCGGUGAAGUGGACGCAAACGACAUUCUCGGCACCCGUCAAUGGAUUCCCAGCAUCUUGGUCCUGGUAUUCGAGAUUAUCACCGUCAUUCUGUUGAUGAAUCUUAUGGUUUCCCUCGCUGUUGGAGACGUGAGCGAUCUGAGGAAUACGGCUCAGGAUAAGAUCUUGAAGAUCAAGGUGAAUUUUGUGAUCGAGGCGCUGCAACUGAGCGAGCAUGUGGGUGUUGGUGGCCUGCCGCUGACUCCUCUUCAUAAACGGACCACUAAUAAUGUCUUAGUGGUGCACAGUGAUGGCAGCUACUUUACGGUCUAUGACGAGACACUGCGCAUCGGUUCGUGUCUGAAUUGUGAAACUAAAUUAUCUACUCGAUAG